AUGUGUCAAUCAGAGGGCCCGGGCUUUGCCAAGUGUCUGGUUUCCAAGGCGAGGGCCACCUCUGCUGAGCCUGGCAUCAUGAACGGCGGCGUUGUGUUGGUGUUGUGCAUGGCGGCAUUGACUGUAGAUGUCAGCAUCACAGAUGAGAAGGUGUUAUCCAUCACCACGAUAAAGCAAGACCCAUACACAAUGUCCAGGGGCUCUGAGCUGGAGGGCUACUGCGUCGACCUGAUCUCUGAGCUCUCCAAGAAGCUGGGCUUCAACUACCAAGUCAACCUUGUGAAGGACAACCGCUACGGCUCACUUGACCCCAGUGGGAACUGGAAUGGUAUGAUUGGCGAGGUGAUCCGAGGGGAAGCUGACCUGGCUGUGGCUCCGCUGACACUCACUGCAGUCAGAGAGCAGUUUGUGGAUAUGACCACGCCCUUCAUGCAAACAGGCAUCGGCUUCAUCCUGCGCAAAGACUUGGCAUCCGAGGAGAGCACCUUUAGUUUCCUGUCACCCUUUUCCACUGACAUGUGGGUGGGCAUCCUCAUCGCCUUCCUGCUAACUGGGUUCUGCAUAUUUUUAGUGGCAAGGCUUAGUCCCAUUGAGUGGUCCGAGCCAGACACAGAGGAGCACAGCUUCACCUUGCUGCAUUGCUUCUGGUACAUCACCGCGGCCCUCACCCUGCAAGGUGCUGGACCCCACCCUAAAGCGCUGUCCGGACGUGUGGUUAGUGCCAUCUGGUGGGUUUUUGCAGUACUCCUGUUGGCCUGUUACUUCGCCAGCCUCAACUCCAUGAUGCGCUCCGAAACCAAGCACGUCUCCAUCAAGAGCUUCGAGGACCUCGCCAACCAGGAUGUCAUAGAUUAUGGGACGGUUGAUGGUGGUUCCUCAAUGGCUUUCUUUAAGAACUCCAACAACCCCGUUUUUCGCCGUAUCUACCAGCAUAUGGAGCGCAGGAAAAGUUAUGUAGCCAACAUGGAGGAGGGUAUCCGUCGCGCCCAGGACGGAAACUUUGCCUUUAUUGGCGAGGCCGUGUCUCUGGACCUAGCAGUGGCCCGCUACUGUAAGCUGACACGCUCCCAGGAGGUCGUCGCCAUGAGAGGCUACAGCAUCGCUGCACCUCUGGGUUCACCCCUGAUGAAAAACCUGACGGUGGCCAUUCUCCAGCUCAGUGAGUCAGGCGAGCUGACCUACCUGAGGGACAAGUGGUGGCCCAGCAGCUGUGUGGGAGCCGACGGCCGUCAUUCGUCCGGGGCCCUGGAGCCCCACAGUCUGAAGGGCCCUUUCCUCCUCCUGGGCCUGGGGCUUGGUCUGGGGCUCCUGCUUGCCCUGCUGGAGCUGGUGUCCAAGGCUCACAGCCAAGCCAAGGAUGGAAAGAAAUCGUGCUGUUCGACACUGACCGCAGAGUUGAGCCAGCGUUUCGGCAGCGGUGGGGAAAGCGCAGACCAAGAAACCUCAGACAAAAGCAAAGCGUAG